CACACGCCUCCUACCAAAAUCACAGCCCCGUGGAGCUGGGGCUUUCAUUCACAGCUUUCUAGAGAGAUCUGAGCCUGAACCUGCCAGCAAAGGGGAUCUCACCCACCCAGCUCAACAGCGAGGACACCUGCAGAUAAACAUACCCCAAAGCAAGGUUGUGCAGCCGUGUGAAGAGAACGAUGGCAUAAAUUCUGCUCCCUUUUGGAUGGAGACCACCAUACAUGGCCUGAAUGUCCUACAGCUUUCCAGGAAUAAGAAAAAGACCCUCUAGCUGUCUUUCUGUGCAGCAGCUUGGCAGUGAAGCAGCUCUUGAAUGGGUUAAGUUCCAGAAAACUAUCACUUGAAUGGGAUCAGUCCCUUUCCUUUUAAAAUAUCAGAAAUUGAGCCCUGGGAAAGGAGAUUUAGCAAAGAUGACCCACUUACAAGCUGGACUCAGUCCAGAGACUAUAGAGAAAGCUCGUCUGGAACUGAACGAAAAUCCAGAUAUAUUGCAUCAGGAUAUUCAGCAAGUCCGGGACAUGAUCAUCACCAGACCUGACAUUGGAUUUUUACGUACAGAUGAUGCCUUCAUCUUGAGAUUUCUUCGAGCUAGGAAGUUUCACCAAACAGAUGCCUUUAGACUACUGGCUCAGUACUUCCAGUACCGCCAGCUAAACCUGGACAUGUUCAAAAACUUCAAGGCUGAUGACCCAGGAAUCAAGCGGGCUCUGAUUGAUGGAUUUCCUGGAGUACUGGAAAAGAGAGAUCACUAUGGCAGGAAGAUCCUUUUGCUCUUUGCAGCCAAUUGGGAUCAGAGUAGGAACUCCUUCACUGACAUUCUCCGGGCUAUUCUGUUGUCAUUGGAAGUUCUUAUCGAGGACCCAGAACUUCAGAUAAAUGGAUUCAUUUUAAUUAUAGACUGGAGCAAUUUCUCCUUCAAACAAGCCUCCAAACUCACACCUUAUCUCAAACUGGCCAUCGAAGGAUUACAGGACAGUUUUCCUGCUCGCUUUGGAGGAGUCCAUUUUGUCAAUCAGCCCUGGUACAUUCAUGCCCUGUACACACUAAUAAAACCAUUCCUCAAAGACAAGACAAGGAAACGGAUCUUUCUCCAUGGCAACAAUUUGAACAGCCUUCACCAACUAAUACACCCUGAAUUCCUGCCCUCUGAAUUUGGAGGGACUCUCCCUCCCUAUGACAUGGGAACUUGGGCUCGGACAUUACUCGGUCCUGACUACAGUGAUGAAAAUGAUUAUACUCACACUUCCUAUAAUGCAAUGCACGUGAAACACACGUCCUCUAACCUAGAGAAAGAGUGCUCACCCAAGCCGAUGAAAAGGUCUCAGUCUGUCGUGGAAGCUGGGACACUGAAACAUGAGGAAAAGGGAGAGAAUGAGAACACCCAACCACUCCUGGCUCUGGACUGAAUUCUAAGUCACCAAAAUACAUCUUACCAGCCUUCAGUGGCACCAGUCACCUAUGAAGCACAUGCUUAACUGAUCCCCACAGGCACACAUCUUGCUUGACAAAAGGUCCUCCACUUCUGUUGACAAUAACGAUCGUCACCAGCCAUCUGUCUGAGCAGCCAAAGUUAAACAAAGACUGGAAGGAUUUCUUUUUCAGUGAAGGACACAAGGAUGAAGCAAGACAUCAAUUUAAACCAGGAACAAUUUUUUUUUCAAUUUUUAUUUUACAUUUAUGGUAUUAAAAGGAUCAAAAAGGGUUGGACUUAUUAAUUCUUUGCUCACAUAUAUAUACUACAUUGUGGACAUUUCUCCUCAUAUAUCAUAUUGGGAAAAAGGGAGUGUUUUUUCCAAACAACAUAUGUCCAAAUUAAACUGUAAAGAUACAAUUUUCAGAUUUAGUAUAGUGCAAAGCCAUGAAACAAAAGCAUCUGCAAUAAUUUUCAUUCUCAUUGAUUUAUUUUUUCUUUAACCUCACCACCAGCAUUGAAUGGUUCAUCCUGAGAACACGUUCUCAUAACUCUGGCUAGCUAUAGUUUAUUAUUUUGAUACUUGGCUAACACUUUUCUGAACUUUUGUAUCUUCUCUAAAACCAUUUUACAUCAUGAGGGCAGAAGAUACGCAAUUUGGAGAAACAAUUUUUCUUCCUUUUUAUGACAUGAUUUUCCAUAGGCAGUUCUAGAGUCUGUUAGCUCGGUCUGUAUCUGUAUAAAGGGGAAUCUCAUUGGAAACAUUUUUUUAGUAAUUAAUGGAACUAUUCAGAUUGUUUCAUUUAGAUCAUGACAGCUUAGGAAAAUGCUAUGGAACCAUUUAACCCCCUUCGCUCCUGCCAUCAAUUAAAGGUUGCAGACAGAGGGCGGUUCUGGUGGUUGCUAGAAAAAGCAGACAUUCAACUGAGGAGGAAUACUUCCUCAAAUGAAUGAAUGACUAAAUGGGCAUGUACUUU